AAUUAACAACCCAUACCCAUCCUCCUUUAUCUAACACACAGACAUCCAAAUUUUCAACAUCUUACAACUCCAAAAUGAAACUUGCUAUCAUCCAAAACAAUCACAAAACAACAUCUCCGGCCACCCUCACACCGGAAAUGGACCGUAAAAUAUGGCGAAAACUCCCCGUCGAACUACUCGAACGAAUCCUCUCUUUCUUACCUCUAAAAACAUUCAUAUCACUCCAACCAACUUGUAAAUACUUUAGAUCAUUACUUUUCUCACCACUUUUCCUCUCUUGUCAUUCAAACUCAUUUCUAUCUUCAUUCUUGUUAUUAUCUCAUCCUCAAUCACCUCACUACCAUUUAUACGACACCGUUUCAAAUACUUGGCGUAAUUCCAAUCUUUCCUUGCCUCGUACCUUGUCUUUCGCACCACUUGUUUCAACAUCAACAUCUUUGUUCUGUUUUUCUGCUGUCCCGGAUUUUUCAAACUCGGCAUUUUUAAUACAUAAUCUUCUAGCUAGAUCAUCUAGAGUCAUUAAAUUCCCUGAAUAUCCAUUUAUUUAUGAAAGACUAACUUUAAUUACAAACCAUAAUGGUUACAAACUUUUUUGCUUAUCUUCUGGAUCCUCGAAAAACCAUUCGUAUGUUUACGACUCUAGAACACGUAUAUGGAGUCAAUAUACUGGGUUUGAUCAAUUGUUAGGAGAAAGUUAUCAUCAAGAAGGGGUUUUAUUUAAUGAAUGUUUGUAUUUUGCCACUCGUGAGCCUUUUUUAGUUGUUAGUUUUGAUUUAAGUACAAAAAUUUGGGCGGUUUGUGAAGCAAAUAUGCCCGAAGAAGUUACUUUUGUUAGAUUAAUAAGUAAUGGAAUAAAUGGGAAUAGAUUGUUUAUGUUUGGAGGAAUUGGAAGGAAUGGGAUUUCAAGAAGUAUGAAAAUAUGGGAAUUGGAAUUGGAUGGAAAUAAUGAUCAAAGGAAAUGGAAUGAAAUUGAGAGUGUGCCCGAAUUGAUGUGUAGGAAAUUUGGGUCGGUUUGUUACCAUAAUUACGAACGGGUUUAUUGUUUUUGGCAUCAAGGAAUGAUUUGUGUGUGUUGUUAUACGUGGCCUGAAGUUUUGUAUUAUAAAGUGUCGAGAAGGACUUGGUAUUGGGUGCCAAAAUGUCCUUCGAUUCCUGAUAAAUGGAGUUGUGGUUUCAAGUGGUUUUCUUUUGUUCCUCAACUCUAUGGUUUCGUUUAAUUAUUAAGUUACUCAGGACGCAAGGAUUGGAUCCUGGUAUUGCUGCGUUGUAUUUUGGUUGAUUUUAAUUUAUUUUUAAAUAUUAAGGAUUUAUAAAGAUACUAUAAUUUAUCAGAUUGUACAUAGCCCGGUCCUUGGAAACAUGUACAAAGGUUAGUACGAUGUAUCUUUUUUCACUUUCUUUUUAUUUAUUUUUUUAUUUGGCUUGUGGUACCAUAGUUAAUUUAUUGAGGUUUGUAUUUGGUUUGUUGGAUAAGUUCAAUUUUAUGUGUUGAGUACGUGUAAAGAAUGGUUAAGUUACUUUCUGUAGAAAAGUAGUUUGGAAAUAUAUAUGUGGAAUUGAUUCGAA